AUGAAUCGUAUACUCACUUUGCUCGCCGUCACUCCAGCAGCUCUUGCUUUGGCUGGGGAUGUUACAGGGGCCCCUGACCAUAGCCCUCGAUACGAUUAUGUUAUCGUCGGCGGAGGAACGUCAGGUCUCGUUGUCGCGAAUAGACUAUCCGAAGACUACAAUGUCACCGUCGCGAUCAUCGAAGCUGGAGAUGUCGAACUUUCCAAUACCAACGUGUCCGACACGUCCAAAUAUGGCGCCGCAUUUGGCACUGACAUCGACUGGCAAUACCGAAGCGCACCUCAGCAGUAUGCCGGCGGAGCCACUCAAACUCUCCGAGCGGGAAAGAUUUUAGGUGGAACUAGCGAUAUCAAUGGUAUGACCUAUCUGCGAGCGGAGACGUCCCAGAUCGAUGCCUGGGAACAGAUUGGAAACCAAGGUUGGAACUGGGAAGAUCUGAUGCACUACUACUCGAAGAGUGAGUAUAUGCAGCCUCCAACUGAGGAUCAAAUUCUCCUUGGUGCCUCAUAUGAUCCGGACGUUCACGGCACAUCUGGUCCUCUGAGUAUUGGCUGGACUGCGAACAUGAUGGGACAAGAGAUCGUCUCGCCAGUAAACCGAUCCUUCGGUGCGCUGGGCCUCCCUUUCAAUCGCGAGCCAAACGCAGGUUCUAUGCGUGGAUUCACAGUCUUUCCCAAAACAAUCGACAGGGCUAAGAACGUGCGCGAAGAUGCUGGACGUGCAUACUACUGGCCCGUUUCGAAACGGCCCAAUCUGGAUAUCUACUUGAACUCCAAAGCCGAAAAGCUGAUUUGGCAUCCAAACACCAAGGAAAGCACGCCCAAAGCAAGCGGUGUUGUUUUCACUACCUGCAACGGCACAUCUACAAUUCUUGCCAACCGUGAGGUAAUCCUCUCGGCUGGAAGUCUCAUGUCACCACUGCUAUUGGAAAAGUCUGGUGUCGGAAACUCUGCUAUUCUGAAGAAGGCUGGUGUUGAUGUUGUCGUUGACUUGCCCUUCGUUGGCGAGAACCUCCAGGACCAGACCACCACGGAUAUGAUGUACACAAUGAAGAACACAACAAACCUCACGGGGCUUGCGGGCUACGCAGCGUAUGCUAACGUGGAAGACCUUUUCGGAGAGGAACUCGACGCGUUCAACGAAACUAUUGCGAAAUCCAUCCGCGAAUAUGCCGAGAGGACAGCUAACGCCAGUGGCGUCAUCAGCGCUGAUGUCACCGAGAAACUCUUCAAAAUCCAAUAUGAUUUGAUCUUCAAGAACAAGAUCCCGAUCGCCGAAAUUAUUAUCGCGCCUGCUCCCACUGCAGACCUUACGAUCGAGUACUGGGGUCUUCUUCCGUUCUCUCGAGGUAGCAUCCACAUCAACUCUUCCAACGCCACUCUACCUGCGCACAUCAACCCCAACUACUUCAUGUUGGAUUAUGACGUCCAGCAGCAAGUAGUUGCGGGGAAAAUGGCGCGUGCAUUUACCAACACUGCUCCUUUCUCCAAUUUGGUAACGGGGGAAGUCACUCCUGGACUCAACAAGCUCUCGCGCAAUGCCUCUGAUGCCGAUUGGGCUCAGUGGCUCAAGUCUACUUAUCGCUCGAAUUUCCACUACAUCGGCAGUGCUGCUAUGAUGCCCAAGGAUCUCGGAGGAGUCGUCGACCCCACUCUCACGGUAUACGGUACUAGCAAUGUUCGUGUCGUUGACGCGUCCGUACUUCCAUUCCAGGUUUGCGGUCACCUGGCCUCCACAUUGUAUGCUGUUGCUGAAAAAGCCGCGGAUAUGAUCAAGGCAGCAUAUCCUUAA